AUGAUCAGCAUCGUGCCGACAUCAGCUGCCAGUCAGACUUCGAAGGACUACGAAUCCUUGCUCGCAGGAGGCGACUUGGUGGAGCAACUGAAGCAGUGCCUGCUAGGCAAAUGCCGCAGCUCAGAUGUCAAGGUCCUCCUGGAGCUCCGAGCAGAUCCGAACAGCAGUUUCCCAUACACUCUGGGGCCCAAGGAGUUCAUGGGAUCGCCCUUGACCUUGGCAGUGAAGCGCGAUCUGCCCAACGUGGUCCGCCUGCUCUUCGCAUACCAAGCUCAUCCAGAGACAGCCUACUCUAUGACGGCAGGACGCUCCGGUGUGAGAUGGACUGGCCCAGCCGUAUGCGCUACCAUUGCAAGGGGCAAUCUCUCGAUGAUGCGGCUGCUGGUAGACUUUGAAGCCAACCUGAAUGGACGGGUGAUAAAGUUCAACGGCGAGCCCAACGUAACAUUGCUUUAUGAUGCAAGCUACUUUGGCCAUGCGCAUCUGGUGCGGUACCUGCUGCAGCAGAAGGGCAACCCUGACACGGCCGUGAAGUCUCAGGACGACAUGACGAUCACCAAGACUGCCUUGCAUAUCGCCGCAUCUCUGGGCCACGAAGAGGUGGUUCGGGUUCUCCUGGCGGCAAAAGCACAGAUCUCCCAUGCCCUGGCCGAUGGGGGCGGCCCACCCGAGCUGAAGGAUGCUGUGGAUGGCUGUCACGUGGAGGUCGUUAAACUGCUCGUUCAAGGGAAGGCCGACGUCUUCGGUGGCGAUGUGGGCAGACGCGGCAUUGAUCACCUUUUCGAGGCCAACAAUUCCGUCUUGGUGGCGGCGGCUGCCACGGGUCUGAAGCAGGCAACUGGCUCAGGAUCCUCUUCUAUGCUGGUUGAGGAUUUCAUCCACUUCCUCUCAACGCCCGAUGCCGAGGAGAUUGUCAACGCAGUCUUCUGCAACUGCGAGCUGCGCUAUUGGCAAGGAGAACGCCGGCUGGUUUGGCGAACCGCAUACGUGCCGCAUGGCGACAUGAAUGUCGCAGUCGGACCGACAAAGGAGCAUUUCGAAAGGAAGUUCCAGCAUGAGAUGGAACGGGCGGCAUCGCAGAACACAGGACUUCCGGAAGGAUAUCAGGACGGUGAGGAUGAGGACUUCUUGUCGUGCCUCCUUCCUCACAGGUUCGAGAAACUGCCCGGCCAGUCCCAGAUACCGGUGCACAUUUUUCAGUGCCUCCUGCCUGGGCUGCACAGAGACCCAGAGGUCUUGUGGGUGAUCGCAUCUGGUGUCAACGACCGCAUCUUCGAUCAGAAGGGCGCGCGGGCCAUCAUUCAGCUGGCAUGGCGAGAAGCCGAAAUCUGGCAGAUCAUUGCCUUUGCCCUG